AUGAAGCACUUUGUGGCCCUUUCUCUCCUGGCUGCCUCGGCCAUUGCUCUACCCACAGAGGCUGGCGGCAAGAUGUCUCAAGGCAAGAAGCCCAGCAAUGAGCAGCCUGCUUGUGGCAGCCAACAGACUGUCGUUUGCAGUGGCAACGGCAACGGCGGCCUGCUCUCCCUCGGUAACAUCCUCACCGGUCUUCUCGGCGAGAACUGCUCUGGAGGCGACGUCUACUGUUGCUCCGAGGAGGCAGUGAACCAGGUCGGCCUUAUCAACUUGGACCUCAAUCUGCAAUGCAGCUUGAACCACCUGCUCUAA